AUGGCGGUGGCACCGGCAGCCCCAACACGGCUGGCCCUGGGAAGCACAGCCCCGCACCUCACGGCUGCGCCGUCAGGGGCACGGAUGAGUGGCCAGGGAGGGAAAAGAGCUGCUGCUCAGCGGAACUUCCCUGAGCUCCCGCUGGGCAUGAACUGGGUGCUGUAUGCAGUGGGGGUUUGUCAGAGUCAGCUGGCUGGCUGGGCAUGCACAGCCCUGUGCUUGGUCUCCUAUGCGGCUGCCUACUCGCACGGUGCCAGCCUCUCUGCCUGCAGCGACAUGAUGCCCAGGCACCUGAGAGUGCAGCUGCACAGCCUCAGCAACAACUACGUUACACUCCACACCAACGUGUCCUCCUACUUCCCAGGUGACAAGGUGCCAGUGACAGUGAGGAGCACAAUGGAUUUUAUGGGCUUUUUGCUUCAAGCUCGCAAAGCGUCUAACGAUGAGAUUGCUGGCACGUUCACCCUCAUCCCCCCUGGCUCCAAGCUGCUGACUUGUUUUGAAGAUGGUGACACUGUCACCCACUCAGACAAGACACUGAAGAGAAACCUCUCCUUUGUGUGGAAAGCACCAGACCAACCCAUUGGAGACAUCAAGUUUUUCAUCUCUGUAGUCCAGUCAUACUUUGUAUACUGGGCAAAGAUCGAGUCUGCUCUUGUGGCUCAGCGAGGACAAAACAAAACACUUGCUGGUGGUGACAAGAAGCCUCAUCCUGUAACCCCUUCACCCUCACAGGGACCAGCUGACCCACACCCCACAGGUCCCACCUCUCCUGUGGCUGCCACCCGCACCCCUGAAGCGCCUGCCAGCUCCACGGGCACUGCAGCCAUGCCAGCAGUGGAGCCAGAUUUGGGUGCUGGGUCUGACACCCAUCCUGUAGCUGAGCCCAAGCAGCUGACCCGGCCCUCACGGGCUGCAGCUGGCGACAGCAGCGAGUCCAGCAGCCAGGAGCUGGAGCUGUCCAUCUCCACCCAAGAGCCCAGCAUCAUGGAUGCCUUGCACGGUUUCCUCUCCCAGGACAACACCUCCAGCUACAGCACCUCUGAGAGAGAAGGAAGCAUUGCCAGUGCUGCCACCCCAGGUUCGUGUCUGAUGUGUAAAGAAGACAGGCAGGCCACUACAGAGAGCAAGAAUAUCUUGAAAGCCUCUCCACAUGCAACAGUGUCUCCUCCUGCUCCACAUGUGCACACUGACCUGGGGGACACUGUGACAUCAACCUGGUUUGGCAACCCCAACACUGAUGGUAAUUUGUCGUCAGCCUCAAGGCAAAUGGCAGAAAGAAAGCCGGCACCACAGCCAGAGGAGAGUGCUGCCAGGGGAGAGCAGGAGGAGGAGGAGAAGGUGGGUGGGAAUACCCUGCCGUGGGCAACCAGACCUGCUCCCGAAUCUGCUGUUCCCGGGAAGGGAGAAGCCCCUGGCAGAGGGACCCGAGUCCUCGCGGCUCAGCUGGGCAUCCUCCUGCUGUGCACGGCUGCCCUGGGCCUGGCGCUGGCAGCCGCCCUGCGCUGUGUCUGUGCCCAGCACUGCCACAAGCGGACGGAGGUCUCCUUCAGCCAGCCUGACCCCGAGGUCAUCGCCGUCAGAGACCACGGGGAGGUGGUGCACUUCCGAAAGAUCCGGGAGAACAGCUUGGUGGUAGUGCAAGCCGAGUACAGCUGGGUCAGCCCCUCGAGCAGUGGGAACAAGACAAUGAUCUGA